AUUUUUUUUCGUUUUUGGCUGCUGAAAGACGCCGGCUGAGAGAGGUGUCAGAGGAAGUGUGUUGGAAGUUGAAAUGCUGAGGAAUCAGCGAUUAUUCCAGGAGUGGAAACCGAUCAGGAAAUCGCUGGUGGUUUGAUGGAAGGGGUGUUGAGGGGGUUCUUCACUCACACAUCAUUUGAUGGAGGUGAAGGUCUUGAGGCGAUGUCUGUCUACGUUGCAAUCGAGAUAUCAGACCUCUUUUCUGUUUGCAGCGCUUCUUUUUGAAAUUGUGUUGGUUCUGGUCUGGGUUGAAGGUGCCAAUGCCAAAUCCCAAGGAAAUCAGCUGCAAUGGCAAGGCCUUGAGAAGGGUAAUAAGGAAGUUCUCUCACAUUCAUGCAUUCAUGAUCAGCUACUUGAACAGAGGAGGCGACCCGGUCGCAAGGAGUAUUCAAUCACUCCACAAGUUUAUGAGGUGCCUGGUCACUCGGGACAUCUUCACCGUAUGGGAAGGGCAUUGCUUGGAGUGUCACAAUCAUUGGAGCUGCAAAAGGAUGGAAGGAAACCAAUUAGAAUAUAUUUGAACUAUGAUGCUGUGGGUCACUCAACUGAAAGAGAUUGUCGAAGUGUUGGGGGAAUUGUAAAGGUUGGGGAGCCACCUGUGACUUCUGUUCCUGGAACUCCUGCUUGCAAUCCUCAUGGAGAUCCUCCAAUUUUUGGUGACUGUUGGUAUAACUGCACCUUGGAAGAUAUUUCUGGAGAAGAUAAGAGGUGUCGUCUUCGUAAGGCUCUGGGGCAGACUGCUGACUGGUUUAGAAGGGCUUUAGCUGUUGAGCCUGUGAAAGGAAAUUUGCGGUUAAGUGGAUAUUCUGCGUGUGGACAGGAUGGUGGUGUACAGCUCCCACGUGAAUAUGUAGAAGAGGGUGUAGCUGAUGCAGAUUUAGUUCUUUUGGUAACUACAAGGCCUACAACUGGAAAUACUCUAGCAUGGGCUGUGGCAUGUGAGCGUGAUCAAUGGGGCCGUGCAAUUGCUGGACAUGUGAAUGUUGCUCCUCGUCAUUUGACAGCUGAAGCAGAGUCGUUACUUUCAGCUACUCUGAUACACGAGGUAAUGCAUGUUCUUGGCUUUGAUCCUCAUGCCUUCGCACAUUUUCGGGAUGAGAAGAAACGAAGGCGGAACCAGGUCACUGUACAAGCCAUGGAUGAGAAGCUGGGGCGGAUGGUGACCCGUGUGGUGCUUCCACAUGUUGUCAUGCAUGCACGAUCUCAUUAUGGAGCCUACUCUGAGAAUUUUACUGGUUUAGAACUGGAAGAUGGAGGAGGUCGUGGCACAUCAGGAUCACACUGGGAGAAAAGGCUUAUGAUGAAUGAAAUUAUGACAGGAUCAGUGGAUACAAGAUCAGUAGUUUCAAAAAUGACUUUGGCUUUGUUAGAGGAUAGUGGAUGGUACCAGGCUAACUAUAGUAUGGCAGACAGUCUUGAUUGGGGUCGCAACCAAGGGACAGAAUUUGUUACCUCCCCCUGCAAUCUAUGGAAGGGAGCGUACUAUUGCAACACGACACAGUUAUCUGGCUGUACAUACAACAGGGAAGCUGAGGGGUAUUGCCCAAUUGUAAGUUAUAGUGGAGAACUCCCUCAGUGGGCUCGCUACUUUCCACAGUCCAACAAAGGUGGGCAGUCAUUAUUGGCUGAUUAUUGUACAUAUUUUGUGGCUUACUCUGAUGGCUCAUGUACGGACACAAAUAGUGCACGGACUCCCGACAGAAUGUUGGGUGAAGUACGGGGAAGUAGCUCCCGGUGCAUGGCUUCAUCUUUGGUGCGAACUGGUUUUGUCCGAGGAUCCAUGACCCAAGGAAAUGGUUGUUAUCAACAUAGAUGUGUAAACAAUUCGUUAGAGGUUGCUGUUGAUGGCAUUUGGAAAGUAUGUCCAGAGGCUGGUGGAUCAGUUCAGUUUCCUGGGUUCAAUGGUGAACUGAUCUGCCCAGCUUAUCACGAACUCUGUAGUACAGUGCCAGCACCUGUACCUGGUCAAUGUCCCAGUUCGUGUAAUUCCAAUGGAGAUUGCAUUGAUGGAAAAUGCCACUGCUUUUUAGGAUUUAAUGGUCAUGAAUGCAGCAAACGCUCCUGCCCAAAUCAUUGUAGUGGGCAUGGUAGGUGUCUCCGUAAUGGAAUCUGUGAAUGUCAAAGUGGGCGUACAGGCGUUGACUGCUCAACAGCCGUGUGUGAUGAACAGUGCAGUCUGCAUGGUGGUGUCUGUGAUAAUGGAAUUUGUGAGUUCCGUUGCUCUGAUUAUGCGGGCUAUACAUGCCAGAACAGCUCCAUGCUCCUCCCCAGUCUUUCAGUUUGCAGGGACGUUCUAGCAAGAGAUACGAUGGGGCAAAACUGUGCUCCUAGUGACCCAAGUAUAUUGCAACAGUUAGAAGCUGCUGUUGUCAUGCCCAACUACAACAGAUUGAUUCCUGGUGGUCGGACAUUGUUUAGCAUCCUUGACAGUGGUUACUGUGCUGCAGCUGCGAAGCGGCUAGCAUGCUGGAUUUCCAUACAAAAGUGUGACAAAGAUGGGGAUAACAGGCUUCGGGUAUGCCAUUCAGCAUGCCGGUCAUACAAUACAGCCUGUGGAGCAUGUCUUGAUUGCUCGGAUCAGACUCUCUUCAGCAGUGAAGAGGAAGGCGAGGGGCAGUGCACUGGUUUUGCUGAGAUGAGACCGUGGUGGGUGCGUCGAUUCCAGAGCUUUUAUUCCUCAUAGCAGGAGUAGUUUAUAGAAAGUUUGUAAAAUUGCGUAGCUUCUGUAAUUUUUCUAGGGUUUUAAUUGUAGAAAGGUGACGUUGUAUGGUCACCACAAGUAGGUUCUUACACCCUGUUGAAAAGGAAUCCUUGUAGAAGGAUGGGGUGGUCUUUGUACGGAUUUGGGCUUUGAAAAUUGAAGUUCCAAAGGUUGAAAGAAAUUAGAAUGGAAGGUAUAUAUUUAAAGAAAAAAAAAAAAAGAAAUGAAAAAAUGUGUUUUCGCCGGAAUUGAGAAUGAAAAGGUUGCCU